UUUGGGCCUAUCCACAGAUGGGAAAAGAGAAAGCACACGUUAUUAGGCCAUUAGGUUGAAGCUACAUUUGCUCUCACUCUCUUUUCCAUGGCUGACACUGGUGAGGCAAUUCCCUUAGGAUUCGAGGAACACUUCCCUGCUCCAUUGCCAAUAACGGUGGACCUCCUAGACUACAGUGGGAGAUCUUGGACGGUUAGAGUGAAGAAAAGAGGAGAGAACGUGUUUCUUACACUUGGUUGGGAGAAUUUUGUAAAAGAUAACAAUCUCGAAGAUGGCAAGCAUUUGAACUUCAUCUACGACCGCCAGAGGACCUUUUAUGUUAUCAUAUUUGGUCAUAACAUGUGUAGCGAAUUUAGAAGCUUCCCUCAAGUCGUAGUAGAGGUUGACGACUAUGAAAACGGUGAAGAAGUCAUCGGGAAAAUGAAGAGCAAUAAGUAUUCUUGCAACACAAGAGCCGAAACCCUAGAAUGGAUCAUCGCCAUUAUCGAUUUUCUUCAACCAUUUUCUUUCCUAAUCAAUGCUCAUGUUGUCAAUUUCUUCAAGGAUAAGCAAUGGGAAGCUGUUGAUGAGGAAUGGAUGAGUUGCUUAAAGGAUGAGAAGCCGGAAAAUAUUCUUCUUAUUCCCUCCGGUGGUGUCCAGGAUCACUGGCCUGCUUCACUCAAGGAAUUUGUUCACACGUUGAGGUCUCUAUCGUUUCCUAGAGAGCAAGCGGAUUUACAGGCGAUACUCGCAGAUGUAGAUAUGGUUCCGCUUAGCACUGUUCUUUCACAGGGUAUGAAUCUUAAGAAAAAACAUGAGGUUGAAGUUCUUUCCUCUGUUGUUAGCUCAGUUGUUAAGAGUGUUGGAGCUCCUACUGUUGUUGAUGUCGGUGCUGGCCAGGGUUAUCUAGCGCAGGUUCUCUCUUUCCAAUAUAAGCACUCAGUGGUUGCAAUCGAUUCUUCCUCUCAUCAUGGAAAGGUAACAGAUGCACGUGCAGCACGAAUCAGAAAGCAUUUUGCAGCACAGAUGCGUAAAUCUGGUUCAGGAAACAAGUGCCCAGAUGUUCCAAUGACGAUUACAUGCCGUGUAUUAUCCACAGAGAUGUUGAAAGCCUUGACCGAUGUUCCUCUGGAGAAAAAUGACAUGGAUUUUAAUGGAAGUUCAUUGGAUGAAGGUCAAAGCAGAUCACAAUCAUCAAGUGAUGCAACAAGAUCGUGUUCACUUGUUCUAGCUGGCCUUCAUGCAUGUGGGGAUUUAUCUGUUACAAUGCUAAGGACUUUUAUGGAGUGCGAAGAAGUUAAAGCGGUAGUGAGCAUUGGCUGCUGUUACAACUUAUUAUCUGAAAAAAGUAGUGAGGAUUCUUGUUCCAAAUGUGGCUACCCGAUGAGCGCUGGUCUCAAAUCCUUGGGCUUUUCCCUUGGCAAAAAUGCCCGUGAUUUAGCUUGUCAGAGUGCUGAGAGAUGGAGCAGCUUAGGAGAAGAUGCUGGUCUGCAGAAUUUCGAGUUGCAUUCUUUUCGUGCUGCUUUCCAAAUGGUUCUGUCAAAACAUUAUCCAGAGAUUUUGGCGACAAGUCCAUCCAUUGGGCGCCAAGGGAAGGCAUUCCGUCGUCAACAGCAACGAAAAUCCAUUGAAACUCCAGCAGCAGUAGAUACAACUAGGAAAGAUACUGAUAACAAGAAACCCAUGGGGCAGACAAGCUCGAAUUUCGACAUGUGUUCUUCUUUCGAGAAGUUUUGCCUGUCAGCAUUUUCCCGCUUGAAUCUAGAACAUCCUCGAGAUCUCGACCUGAAUGCCACAUGGAAGGAAGCUGAUGCAUUCACUGAACUGAUAGGGCCUUACUGGUCUAUUCGAGCUGCAUUAGGACCGGUGCUUGAGACAUUGAUCUUGCUUGAUAGACUUAUGUUUCUCCAAGAACAAGGAGACUCCAUAAAAGUGGUUAUGCUUCCCAUCUUUGAGCCCACCAUCUCACCUAGGAAUGUCGCCAUUAUUGCUAGAAGACUUUGACCCUAAAGCUUAAAACCUCUCUUGUGAUCCUUUUUAAAACUUUGGUAAUGUGUGAAAUGUGAUUCUGUUAAAAUUGACGUCGAAGUUGUAUGCAUAUUGGUUAAGAUUAAGCACUCUGCUUUUACCGGUACCUAUUUUUCGCAGUGUGAACAGAGUCCCAUUUUUUCCUUCUCGUUCGUGACGGACAAGUACAACAAGAAAAUGUGAUAAGGUUU